AUGUCUCUAACGCGAGUGGCCUCGGUCGAUGGCUUCGAGCGAGAAGGGCCAGGCUCGGGAGCAUCGUCGCGAAGGAGGAUGAGUUUCAACCCAUUCAGCGAUCAGCUUCCUCCUGCGCACAGGAGGACUAGCGUGGUCACCGAGGCUCUGCAGUUCGAGGAGGUUUCCAAGCAGAAACGACUAGUACAAGUAAUCAUCGCAAUUAUAUAUUGCCUCUUUGCCGCUGGUAUCGUCUUUGGUUAUGCUGCCAUUAAACCGGUCCUCAUCGAUGAAGGUGUCUUUGCAGAUCUGUGCACGCCAGAAGAGGUGGAGGCACGUACGUCGCCAUGCUAUCAACAAGAGAUUCGCUUGAACUUCAUGUUCACUGUUGCCGCAGUAUCAACGAACGUCGCGGCCCUCCCUAUCGGAACCAUUCUCGAUCGGUAUGGCCCAAGGGCCUGCGGUAUCAUUGGGAGUGUCUUCUUGCUCACAGGAGCUCUGCUCUUCUCCUUCGCCUCUAAAGCCAGUGGCGACCUGUUCACUCCAGGAUACUUCUUUCUCGCCCUCGGCGGUCCAUUCGUCUUCAUCUCGUCCUUCCAAUUGUCCAACACCUUCCCACGAAAUUCGGGCCUCAUCCUGGCCCUUCUGACCGGUGCAUUCGAUUCCUCCUCUGCGCUGUUCCUCGUCUUCCGACUUGUCUACGAGGCUACCGGCGGCAAGCUCAACACCCAUCGACUCUUCCUCAUCUACCUUGUUGUGCCUGUCUUCAUUUUUGUCGUCCAAGUCUUCGUCAUGCCAAAGGACUCGUACAAGACGGUCAGCGAAGUCGUCAAGGAUGCAGAAGAAGAGAUCAAUGCUCCAACGCCACCCGAGGCGACCCAAGAAGAGAUACAAGUCUACCGCGAGCGCAGAGAAAGCACCAUCGCUGAAGUCAGCCUGCUACUCGACAAGACCGUCAAUUCCAAGCGCCAGAAACGCGAGGAGAAUAAGAACAGCAAGUCCGGUGUCUGGGGAGCCCUGCACGGACACUCUGCCCUGGACCAGAUCAAGACACCGUGGUUUUGGUUAAUCACUCUCUUUACGGUCGUUCAGAUGACUCGUAUCAAUUACUUCGUCGCAACCAUUCGUCCACAAGAGCGGUAUCUGCUUGGGUCGGAAGAAAAUGCCAAACUUGUCAACGACUUCUUUGAUGUUGCCCUGCCCCUGGGUGGCGUGCUGAGCAUUCCCUUCAUUGGCACCCUUCUUGACAACACAUCCACACCCUUCGCCUUGGGUUUCUUGGUCGUCGUGGCCACCAUCAUUGGCAUUCUGGGAUGCUUGCCGUUCAUGUGGGCUGCGAUCGCCAACGUCUGCCUGUUUGUCCUGUACAGACCUUUCUACUACACCACCGUCUCUGACUACUCUGCAAAAGUCUUCGGCUUUCAAACUUUUGGAAAGGUAUAUGGACUGAUCAUUUGUCUGGCGGGUCUGUUCAAUUUCCUCCAGUCACCCCUUGACGCCGUCACUCAUGUCGUGUUCAACCUCAACCCGAUCCCCGUGAACGUCAUCCUCAUGUGCCUCGCCGUCAUCGUCGGUACGGCUCUGGUAAGCUUCACAUACAUCAAGAGCCGAAGCAUGAAGCGGGAGCACCUUGAAGACGAGGCCGAGGGCGCAACAGAGACAUUGAUGCCCAGUGCCAAUGGUGUUGGCUAUGGCACGCAAGGGUAG